UCCUCCCUUUAUUUACGUCAACACCCAAUCGCGUCCGCGGCAGCGAAAGGGCACCCUUUAAAAGCUUGUUUAGCCUGGUCGCGCCUCACUGGUUUCGAUUUAAAGACGACCGCAACAAUUAACACACAUUUGGAAACUUUGCAAUAAACAGAAUAGAAAAACAUUUAAAUUAGUUCUCGCAUAUAACCUUUUUGGGAAGAGGAAGGAGGGUGUUGCAGACAUGGCGGUCCUAUAUAACUUCACCUCUGCGUGCAUGAAGAACUUUGGUGGCAGCUCCUUCAACAGGCAGCUUUUCUGCGUGUUUCGCACCUUUCACAAAUCAGCAGCCAGCGGCGACGUCCUCGGGAUUUCGGAGGAAAGAGCAAUAACGCCCCCAGAUGUUGCGGAGGAAACCAGGGUGAAGUCUCUGAGGGAGAUGCCGGGACCCAGCACUCUGGCCAACCUGAUAGAGUUUUUCUGGAGGGAUGGAUUCAGCAGAAUUCAUGAAAUACAGCUGGAGCACAGUAAGAAGUAUGGAAAAAUAUUCAAGUCUCGCUUUGGGCCCCAGUUGGUGGUGUCAAUCGCGGAUCGUGAUCUGCUGGCUCAGGUACUGAGGACUGAGAGCAUAGCACCUCAGAGAGGUAACAUGGAUUCCUGGAAAGAGUACAGAGAUUUGAGAGGCCGAUCUACUGGACUCAUUUCAGCUGAGGGAGAAGACUGGCUGAGGAUGAGGAGCGUGCUUCGUCAGCUCAUCAUGCGUCCCCGUGACGUAGCGGCCUUCUCUGACGAUGUCAACGAAGUCGUGGACGACCUGGUGAAGCGAAUCUGUGUUCUGCGCACGCAGCAGUCUGACGGAGCGACUGUCCUCAAUGUUAACGACCUCUUCUUCAAAUAUGCUAUGGAAGCGGUGGCAGCCAUUUUAUACGAGUGUCGACUCGGCUGUUUGGAAAGCGAGGUUCCCCAGGAAACCCAAGACUACAUCGCUGCGCUGCACCUCAUGUUCAGCUCUUUCAAGACAACCAUGUACGCCGGGGCCAUCCCCAAGUGGCUGCGCUCCAUCAUCCCCAAGCCCUGGGAGGAAUUCUGUGACUCCUGGGACGGCCUCUUCAAAUUCAGUCUCGUUCAUGUGGAUAAGAGGUUUGCUGAGAUUAAGGCCCAGCUUGAGCAGGGAGAGGAGGUGAGGGGGGGUUUGCUCACACACCUGCUGGUCACCAAGCAGAUGACUCUGGAGGAAAUCUACGCCAAUGCGACAGAGAUGCUGCUGGCUGGAGUUGACACGACGUCCUUCACCCUCUCGUGGGCCACCUACCUGUUGGCGCUGCACCCCCAUGUACAGGAGCAAAUCUUCACAGAAAUCAUGACGACUCUGGGACCCGGAAGAGUUGUCACAGCUAAUGAUGUCCAGCAUCUACCACUCAUCAGAGCGCUGGUCAAGGAGACGCUGAGGUUUUUCCCAGUUCUCCCAGCCAAUGGACGCAUCACCCAGGAUGACUUGGUACUGGGUGGAUACUUCAUUCCCAAAGGGACUCAGUUGGCAAUGUGUCACUACUCCACAUCGCUGGAUGACGAAAACUUUCCAGAGGCCCUUGACUUCAGACUGGAUCGCUGGGUCCGAAAAGACACCACAGAUCAUGUUGACAACUUUGGCUCCAUUCCCUUUGGCUACGGCAUCAGGAGCUGUAUUGGCAGGAGGAUCGCGGAGUUGGAGAUGCACCUAUCUCUGACAAGGCUCAUUCAGAAAUUCCACAUUGGUUUGUCUCCGGUCACUGAUGACGUAAAGGCCAAAACCCACGGCCUGCUUUGUCCUGGAGCCCCGAUCAACCUGCAGUUCAUAGACAGAGAAUAGUAGAAUUUUUAUGUAUUUGUUAUAUGUUUAUAUGUUUUUAAAGUGCUGAUUGGUUAUUAAGUUGGAAAAAAGAACUACAAUCUGUGUCAUGUACUGCGAUGUGUGCAUACAGUGACGUGCAUUAAUGUUUUAAUAUAUGCACACACUGUCAGUGUCUAAACAGCAUUAACUGAAUGUCAGGAGUAAUGAUAAAUUUAAUGAUUGUAAUGACCUAUUUUCAGAAGUGUUAAACCACCUUUUUUAUUGCUUCAACAAACAUUAUUGCCUAUAUAAUUAUGGAAAACCUUUAAGUUGUUUUGGUUAAAAGUAAUGCUUUUAGUAGUGAGUGCAAACAUUUGCUAAUCUUUGUCAAACACAUACAAUAUCAGAUUUUUUUAACACGGUUUAGAAUAUUGUUUUUUUUUGUCUAUGCUGUUGGUGCAAAUGAAAGUAUUUUAGCAUUGCAUUUUUAUCUUGUACUCUAGAAAACAAUUUUAAAGACAUUUUUUAUGUUUCCUUAAAGUGUGCAACAAAAUAAAUAGCUAGUGAAUUUUGA